ACGGUUGACAAAUAGUUUGUAACCGCUAUAAACAAACAAACAAAAAAUGUUGUGAAUGAUUUUCUUUUGAAUUUCCAAACAAAAUCGAAAUAAAACGAAACUUAAAGUAACGAUUCCAUUUUUAAAAAUAAUAUUUUCGGAAUCGAAAGAAGUUGCAAUGCACAAUAAUUUCGAUACCACUACGUCUACAAAUGAUCUGGCAAAAUACACGACAAUCAGUGCUGUAACAAAUGCAACCAACACAACAACACAAUCACAAUCCGACUUCCAUUGUUGCAAUUGGUUUGGACUCUAUCAUUAUUUGGUAGUACUUUUUGUUCUCCUUACGGGAUUAUUCAUACUGUUUGGAAGGAUGAUCAUUAAAGCUCGGCGCCGCCGAUAUCAACGUUUGCAACCAGCCCGUCUGCACGCCCAAGGGAAUGGAAACAUGUGCUUACCGCCGAGCAGCCCUAUUGGCACAGAUACGUCCAUGCCAAUCAGUGAUAAUCCACCCACAUAUGAGAAUGCUAUGGCGAAUUACAUCGAUGCGAAGCAACAGCUACGUGCGAUGGAGGAGGGUGCUAUGGGUGGUGCCAUGGCAAUGACAGCUUCCACAACAACGAUCGAAACAUGUAUCACCGAAGUAGGUGCGAGUCGCACAGACUUGACCGUUAACUGCGCUAGUGCGGCAAACACAAGCAACGAAGCACCGAGACCAGCGCUCCAUUAACAGAAGUGAAUUAAAUCUUUUAAGGGACGGCGUUUAUACCCUUUAUACCCUAUCUAUAUUACACCAUUGAUUGCAUUGUAGUGCUAAAUAUAAGAAUAAGAAAUAAUAAUAAAAAUCUACAAGGUGGUUCAAAAUUAAUCAUCCAAUUUUGUUUUUGAAUAACUUUUUCACUAAAUUAAAAGAUGUUGUGUGAUAGAAAUCUUUAUUUUGAGCUUUACGCGCUCCAUUGCUUGUCUGUUUUUAUACUGCAGCUCUUUAGUUGACAAGUGUCAAGUACGAUUGGCGUACGACGCCAUUUGUAAAAAUAAUAAAUCUUUCGGUAAGGUGAUUAAUUUUGCGCCACCGUGUAUACUCAUUCUAUCGGUACUGCAUAUAGUUUUGCCAAACAAAUUGAAUUUUUUUCCUAUGUAUUUCUGCAAAGCUUCGAAGAAAAAUAUCUAGUAACUUAAAGACCUUGUUUUACGAAAAUUUAAUUUAAAGCGCAAUUAGAGGUGCCGCACCCAUAACCAUAGCCAUAGCCAAGCUUUUUAGAAAUUAUCAUAUUAGCAGCAAAAUGUCAACAAGCGGGGCCGUUUAUUGGCUAUAAAAGCAACUGAGUAAAUUAGUUCUGGAUUUCAUUUUUUCAUGUAAUGAGGUCUUUCGAGGCUAAUCCGUUUUUUGACUUCGAAUUUUUUUAGAUCUAUUGUGCUCAGUCUUCGAAUUUCGAAAUUGAAAUGCUUAAAA